AUGCCACCACCUCCUUACAAUGAAAAGGCUGCUGCUCGUUAUAUAUAUCAGAGUCCACCACCAAUCAUGAAUCCAACGUUGCAACAACCGGGAUUUCAUGGAACAACUAUGGGUCCUCUUUCUGAACAUCCGAUGCAAUGUGUUUGCUCUAGAUGUGGUGCUUUAAUAGUGACACGUACAGAAAAAGAAGCAGGUGUUGUUACGUGGCUUCUAUGUGGUGGUCUAAUACUGAUUGGUUGCUGGUUAUGCUGUUGUUUUAUCCCAUUUUGUAUUGAUGGAGCUAAAGAUACGGCACAUUAUUGUCCGAAUUGUGGUAGUUUGGUGGGUGUGAAACAUCUUAUAUAA